UGCACCAGAACAAGAUAGGAUAAUAACUUUAUCUUGCUAUGGUUUUGGAUCAUGGUUUGUCACAUUUAAUGCCCACUGGUCAUAUGUAGCCUCCUGUUUGAAGAAAAUACUGACUUUUAUGGAUAAUAUCUAUUAAUAAUUAUUAACACUAAAUUGUAUAGGGGCUAUAGUUCAAGUUUUUUUUACAUAAUAAUUUAAGGCUGAUAAGAAGGUUUCAGUAAUUUUCAUUUCAGUAGUUUCAGGAGGGUUUUGUUUUGAACCCAAGGGAAACCACAUAACACAGGCAUAAAGCUUUUCCUGUUUAGUAGCUUUGCCUCCUGCUCUCUGUGAACAUGACUUUUGCCAACGAUGCUCAGAGUUUUCGGGCCAUUUUCCUCAUAUGGUCAGUUAUUUUCCAGCCUUGUUUAUGUCAACAAGAGGAGAAUGUGACAGACGACAUGGAUUUCAGCUCCUAUACCUUUGAUUAUAGUGACAUUCCUCAGCUGUGUGACAAAGCGUACAACCACCAGUUCCGCCUCUGGUUCAUGUCAACCUUCUUCUCCAUCAUCAGCUUCGCUGGACUGGCGGGGAACCUCUUGAUCAUCCUCACAGUCAUCUACUUUAACCGCCUCAAGACCAUGACAGAUGUAUACCUGCUCAAUUUGUCAUUUGCUGAUCUGCUCUUUGCAUUCUCACUCCCCUUUUGGGCAGCCAACUGCUUGGCAGAGUGGAUGCUGGGUGUAGUUUUGUGUAAGAUCAUGCACACCAUUUACAAAGUCACCUUUUACAGCAGCAUGUUACUUCUUUGUUUAAUCAGUGGGGACAGGUACUUUGCCAUAGUCAAGGCUGUUUCUGCUCACCGCCUCCGCUACCAAUCCAUGUUCUUCAGCAAGGUGUCAUCUGCUAUUGUCUGGACCGUAGCUCUGAUCGUCUCCAUACCAGAAAUGAAAUACACCAGAGUCACUAACAACACAUGUACACCUUUCUCCAGUACUUCUGACCCACUUCACAUAGGGAUCCAGACAAGCCAGAUUGUUGUAGCAUUUGCCCUUCCGCUCUUGGUCAUGAGCUUCUGUUACAGUAAAAUUGUCCAGACCCUUUAUCGGGCUCGAAGCUUUGAGCGGAAUAAGGCUGUCAAGGUGAUUCUUGUUGUGGUAGUUGUCUUCGUGGUCUGUCAGCUCCCUUACAAUGUGGUCUUGUUUUGGACCACACUUGUCGUCGCAUACGGAGGAACUACAGACUGCAAGUAUGAGAACGACCUCCAGUAUGCCACUGAUGUCACUCAGUGUGUGGCCUUCCUAAGGUGCUGCCUCAACCCCUUCGUGUAUGCCUUUAUUGGCGUUAAGUUUCGCCAUGACCUUCUGAGGCUACUCAAGAAAUUGGGUUGCGUGAGCCAGGAGAUGUUCUUCAAGUAUACCUGUAGCAGUUCUUCUGCCUUAGACACCGACACCACCACCACAUUUUCACCCUAAGACAGCACAGUGACAACUCCCACCCACAUACCUCAAGUGAGAAAUACUGUUUACAUUUUCUGAUUUCUGAUGGUGUUUCGGUCAAUGUCGGCGAUGUAAACUGAAGUUGUACGUUAGUCUGAACGUGCCCUUAACUUACGCUAACGCAGCAGUAAAAUCUUAUUUACAGUCAUAAUUUGUAUCAAAAACACUUCCAUCCAUCCAUCCAUUUUCUGAGCCGCUUCUCCUCACUAGGGUCGCGGGCGUGCUGGAGCCUAUCCCAGCUGUCAUCGGGCAGGAGGCGGGGUACACCCUGAACUGGUUGCCAGCCAAUCGCAGGGCACAUAGAAACAAACAACCAUUCGCACUCACAGUCAUGCCUACGGGCAAUUUAGAGUCUCCAAUUAAUGCAUGUUUUUGGGAUGUGGGAGGAAACCGGAGUGCCCAGAGAAAACCCACGCAGGCACGGGGAGAACAUGCAAACUCCACACAGGCGGGGCCAGGGAUUGAACCCGGAUCCUCAGAACUGUGAGGCUGAUGCUCUAACCAGUCGUCCACCGUGCCACCUCAAAAACACUUCUAGGCCAUAAAUAUAAAACAAUAAAUUGAAAAACAGCAAGCAGUGCUAACUGAGCGAGACUUCCUGUGUCGCGUGACACAUUUUUACGCCACAAACUGUGUGGUGUUUGCAACCUUAUAAUGUCGUAUGUUGAUCGUAAACCGAGGACCCCAUGUACUGUAUCUAGCAGCUACUGUAUAUGAUUCAGGUAAAUUACAAUUACAAUGGACCCCCGCUAUUCACAGGAGAUAGGGAUAGCGAAAAGGGAAAAUCCACAGAUAAUUCAUGCCCAUUUUCAUUGCAUUGAAACAUUUUAUUUUCUUGAAUGAGCGGGGAUAAAUUGCCAGCAAGCAUUUUCGGGGUUGGUCCACCCCUCCCCCCUAAAAAAAAAGAAAACAAAAGAAAAGAAAAAUGAAAAAUACAUUUAAAAAUUGAAAAACAUUUUUUUAAAAUGUGAAAUAAAAUCUGCAAACAGGUGAAUCUGUGGUGGGGGGUGGACGUGAGUAUGCGGGGUUCCACUGUAAUUUCGCUUUUUUAACCAACUGGAUUUGUUUUUGUAUUUUGUCUCUUCAUUUUUUCCAAAUAAGGCUUUGUUGCAUGGUAUUUGUGCUCUUUAAUAAACAUAUGUAUGUUUUAAA